CCUCCACCCAGGGGGAUUUCAAGGCCACAUCUUCCAUGAGGCCACACACUUGCCAGGGAGGGAGGGAAUGGUUUCUACCACUGGUCUCAAAGCUCAAGCGUUGGCUCACUCUCCAUGCUGACUCUGGGCAGCUCCUUCCUCCACAUCGCCAUCCCCCUGGACCCCUUUCGGCAGUGCUUGGCCAACCCACAUAUGUACACAGGGCCCAAGCACCCACCCAGUGCUGUGAGAGAAGGAACCAUGACGUUCAAGAUGAGCAAUGUCCUGAUGCCAGAAGCCGCUAGCCGCACAGUUGCAGCCUACCCAGCCUGGUGGGACCAUUGUUUUCCAAGAUGCCUUUUGAUCAGCCACCUGGAAGCCCCUGCUGAUGCUGAUGCUGGGUGGGUGUGACAUCGUGGAGUAACACCAGGGCAACAGGCGCAUUGUGAGCCCUGCAAGCAUCCUUCAUGAGCCUUGAGACACCAACAUGCAGCACUUGGCAAAUCCGCUCCUCAGGCACGUAAUUUGCAGGGGCUGCUUUGAUACUGCUUCAAAGAGGCAGUGCCUACAGUAUCUAAGAGCUCUGAGGACUCUGCAUCUUAACAGUUUCAACACCAUUUUUUUAGGGGAAGCAGAUAUUCCAGAAAGUCUUAUAUCAGGAGAACAAAUAGCCGAGGAGGCCAGCCUGUGCUGGCUGGUAUGGACACUUGUUCACGCUGGCAGCUGCCAAGGGUGGGUGCCCUGGAGGUACAAACUGCAAUUAAGAGGUGAACUGCCCAUCCAUCAGCAGAAUGGUGUCUUUCAGGAGUUGCAUGAAUCUUUGAGCACGUCCUAUGGGAAGUGCAUAAUUGUGACAAGGGAUAAAACACCUGAUGCGUGGAGGGGCAAAAGAUGGCAAGAGCCAGAGACGGGAACUCUGCUGCCAGUACCACCAGCGAUCUACAUGUCUAGCACUGAGUGCUGCCCUGAAGUUGCUAGAGACAAUGGCCAUGAGUUUCUUGUUGUGCCUUCAUCUUACAAGUAUCUCUAUCCUAUGGAUGUCACCUGGUCUUCUUUGAAAUGGUUUAUUAUUAUAAACAACAGGAAGGACUUUGCCCUGAGGUCUAUUGAGAGAACCCACUCCUAUAGGUGUAUCCUCUUCAGUGACAUGAUUGUUAAAGGAAUAGAGAAGAUGACCCCAAACAAAUGGAAGGUAGCAAUUAACAGAGUGAAGAGAUGGGAGAACUACUACCUUGACACACUUUCUUAAACGGUUCUUCCUGCAGUCAGGCUUCAAAUGUGUUUUGAUUGGUGUUGAAUGAGUUACCCUGCUUCAGCUCUGCUGAGCUCUUUCCUUCAAAGGUUGUAAACCUAAAAAACCAUGUCAAUAGCACUAAUAAAAGAGAUUAUUUUAAAUCCAAAUGUUUCAUUUUAGCUGUAUGCCAGACUAGGUUGAUAUGCGCUAUGCUUGUGCUGGGAAGGGACAGUUAAUUUGCCUUAUCACAAAAAUGGGCCAAAGCAUGCCUAAGAGCCAGUUUAGCCAGCCUUCUGCACAAAUUCCUCUGUUAAUGGGAGUCAUGAGACCACACUUCAGAU